UGAAAACAUUCUUAUUUGGAAUCUUUGUCUUCAGCUUUUAUAGCCUCUUCUCUUCUUGUAGAUGCUGCAUUAGUUGCCAGUUUUGCUAUGUUAACUAAACAAUCGUAGAUCAAAUUUGGAGUUAUAUUUUACAAAAAGACAGCUGCCUCUUGUCUUUUUCUAUACUUUUACUGCUGACAACUAGUAUAAAAUGACAUGUAGAUAUGUUUGAUACCACUGUCUUCAAGAUUCUCCCUGCAAUUCAUCUGCUGUUCUUGCCUUUUGACUUCUUCCCUGUGUGUUUGUUUAUAAUCAUUUAAUAAAAUUCAGAUUUUAUUCAUACUUUCAAAAAGUGAUGGAACUGUAAUCAAGAUUGAUAGAGUUUUUUUUUUCGUGUCAGGAGCGACUUGAGAAACUGCAAGUCUCUUCUGGUGUGAGAGAAUUGGCCGUCUGCAAGGACGUUGCCCAGGGGACACCCAGAUGUUUUGAUGUUUUUACCAUCCUUGUUGGAGGCUUCUCUCAUGUCCUUGCAUGGAGCUGGAGCUGAUAGAGGGAGCUCAUCCGCGCUCUCCCUGGGCGGGAUUCGAACCUGGCAGCCUUCAGUUUUAUAGAACUUAAAGCAAAAUAACAAAUCUACCAAGCAGCAAAUCCAUAGGAAUCUGGAAGGAUGCAGAAGAAAAACCCAGAAACGGACUACUUUCAGAAAUUUGUGGAUGAACUAGAAGACCUAAAGAAUGAUGUAGAAAAUGUUUUUCGGAAUAAAGCUAUUCCAAAGCUUGGUGAUAUGAUUCAAUUUCAGAUGCCUUUAUUCCAACAUUGGGGCAUAUAUGUGGGAGACGGAAAUGUGGUUCAAUUUGGAUUGCCAGUUGUUAGUUUUUUUCCAUUUGAGUUCGAAGUCCGAAAAGAACAAAUAAAGGAUGUACCACUGGCAAUUUCCUCUGCUGUAUGCAACAAAUUUGAUAAAGAAUAUUCUCCACUGCCUCCAGAACGUGUGGUAAAAAGAGCUGAAUACAUGGUGGGCAAGGUCAUGAAGUAUAAUCCUGGAACAGCCAAUUGUGAGCACUUUGCCACACUGAUGCGAUACAACGUAGCCAGAUCAGGCCAGGCAGAGAGAUUCUACCUUCACGUGGAUCCAGAUUUCGUGAAACAGAUCAAAAGAUGGCUAGCUGAAAUCAACGAGUAGGCAAACUGCAUAUCUCCACGAUAAACCACUUCUUCAAGACGUGCCGCUGCCUCGUGGUUCUCUUCCUCCAAGCGAUACAGACUUGCUGCCUAGUUAUUGAACAAAACAAAAUGUUACCAGGACUUUUCUGAACCUAAAAUGAAUAUACACUUGAGGAAAAAAAGCUAUACUGAAAUUUCUUAGGAAAAAUGAAUGUCUUAACACCUUGUAAUGCUGUGUGUUGUUAUUGCAUAUUUGAGGAACAGACUGAAUUGUUUUGAUGUACUUCCAAAUAUUGACAACUGGAAUAGAUUUAAGAGAUGUAGUUUAGGUGUUUUAGCAGAAUAGGCGCAAUUAGGCUAGUCAUAAGUUUCUAUCCUUUGGCAAGAUUCUAGGCCUCUCAGCUCCAAGUCCUGGAUGCUGUAGGUUAACUAAAUCAACUUUUGUUUAAUCUUUGGAAUUUAUUGGGUUUUUUUUUUGGGGGGGGGGGGGAACAGCCUUGGAGACUGUGGUUGUUUACUUAUAGAGGAUUCAUUCUGAUGGCUCUCUCUUCUAUUUCAUAGCUCUGACCACAAUAUUCUUGUAGAUUAUCUGUCUUGAUAGUACUUUUUAAUAGUAGUUGUGGGCUUUCCUGCAAAGUUUUGAAACACAUUCAGAAUAAGUAGAUACCUAUUUUAAUCCUUGGUUGUUAUUUUCUAUGGUGACCUACAGGAUUUUAUACUGAGCGCCAUUCUAAGAUAGAGCAAACCAUCAGAGAGCUCACCUGACAAUGUGGAGUGUGAUGUCAACCUUAUGAAUUGUUUGUUCUUUAUAUCCUCAUUCAGAAAUAUUGUAGAAAUUCAAUGGUAGCAGACAAGGUAGGACAUCCCCCUCCACAGAAAGAAUAAUGUACAUUUGCACAUAAUAGUAGUGUGCUCGGUUUAAGAGUUCAGCUGGGUCUAAGAUUUCAGCCCUGAGCUUGGCUAAUUUUCCCCUCGAAAAUACAUGUUCACAAUCAAGGGAUGUUCCUGAAUUUACCUUUAAGCCUAGAGGCUAAACGUUUCCUCUCCAAAUGGGUGAUACCAGCUAUACCAAUUCCUGGAAAACUGCACCUAGGGGCCCUUCCACACAGCCAUAUAGCCCAGAAUAUCAAGGUUGACAAUCCACAAUAUCUGCUUUGAACUGUGUUAUCUGAGUCCACACUGCCAUAUAAUCCAGUUCAAUGUCGAUAUUAUACGGUGAGUGGAAGGGGCCUGAAUGUGUUCAUGAUUACUGGACUACUGCUCUGUGUGCUCUAAGUGAAAUGCCUUUGAAGAAUGAACUUUCAAUUGGUUCAAAAACAUGUCCAUCCAUCAAGAUCACCAAGGGAAGCUCUUGUGUGUCCCACAAGUAAUUAGCACAUUUGGUUGGGAUUAGAAAAAAGAACUUGAUCUUUAUGAAAUUAUCUGACCAUGAACUCUUGCCUUUCUCAUCUUUUGAUAGCCACUCACAGGGUUUAUAUUUUUAGAAUAGCUUUAUUUAUCAUUGGGCUAUUGCACAACAAAAUUACAUGCCUUCCCUUGCACACACCACAAAACAACACACCCAUCCUUCCACACCCCCACCAGGUGCUCCAGGAAGUUUCUCUGAGAUGCCUGUCAUAGGUUCUUCACAUUGUUCUAUUGCAAACUGAUUCUUAAAUUUAAGCUAGACUGCUUUAUUUGAUCAAACACUGGUGAUUGCUAUUGGAAUUUUGCUUUUGGUUUCUGCAUUUUAACAUUAUAAUGGCCGUGUUCUUUUGAUGCUUUUAAGGUAUUCCUUGACAUUUUAUGAAAAGGCAGGGCAGAGGUGUUUUAAGGAAAUAAACAUUAUUUGAAAUAAUUAAAUGCUUGUUUAUUGUUAAACAAAAAUAAAAAAUUCAGCCAGCAUAAA